AUGUAUUUUAAGAAGUGUGCGGAUAACUUGGGGAUCUGUAUAUCAUUACUACCAAGACCUGCCAUUAUUUCACAUCAAUUAUUUGUUACGACCUUUCCUGUCAAUGUAGAUUUGGAUUGGAAUCAAGCGCUUUUUGUAUUUCGAAACAAAAUUAUUAGCACUUGUGAGCCUACUUUGUUAGCUCCCACCCUCAAUUCUAUGGACAAAUAUGAAACCUGUUCUGUGUAUUCCUUUCUCUUUAAACCUGUGAAAAAACUAGCAUUUGACACUUAUUUGAGGACAAAAAAACCAAAGCUAUUCAUUAACGAGUAUCAAGCAUUUCUGAAGCAUGAAUUAGUGCUGAAUUGUCUGGAUAGAUUUCAAGUGUUACUUAAGAUUGCUCAAGAGAAUACAUAUGAGGUGCAGUUUAUUCUCUCAAAACAAUUCUCAACGACACCUUUAUACAUCUUGGAAGAGCUAGAUGCGUUGACUAUUUCAAAACACAAAGAAUUGUGUAAACAACUCAGUCUAAUUCCUCCAAAAUCGUCCAAUAAUGCAAUCAAAAAGAAACAACUGAAAACUUUGGAAGAACAACAACAAGAAAACGACUUGUCUUUUAAGAAUUUUAAGCUCUUUAAUUGGAGAAAUGAUUUAUUGCUGAAAACGUUAAACAUUUCUGAAGAAGAGUUUCACAACAUGAAAAGAAAAGAGCAACAUCGUGAAAGCAGAGCAACAAAAGAUUCUUCAUCAAGCCAAAAGAAAAAUCAUUCCUGUAGUAACCAUCCAAUGGCUAUAUUGGGAGAUUUCAAUACUUGCAAGGAUUAUUAUUACAAUGAUUAUUAUUAUUCACAUCCAUAUUAUGAAGAGGAUGAUGAAUAA